AGUUAUGUGCCAAAAACCAAUUAAUAAAAACUCAAGGGAGUCGCUUGCAAAAUAACAAUCCAACACAAAACCCCGGAUGCAGUUAUUCGCCCGCCAAAACGGUUUUUCCUUUGCCUUCAAAAUCCCCAAAUCAAACCCACCGUCUCCACACUUUUCCGUAAUUUUUAUUUUUUUUCAAUCAAUCGAUCAAUUCCGCCAUGAAAACCCUAAUUCUGGUAGCGAUUACCUUGUUUUUACUCUCCCAGAGCAGCGUCUCCGCUAUACAAAUCCUCUCCAAAUCGAAACUCGAGAAAUGCGAAAAGGUCUCGGAAUCGGAAGGGCUCAACUGCACUUCGAAGAUCGUUAUCGAUUUGGCUGUGCCCAGCGAAUCAAGUGGGAGGGAGGCGUCGCUGGUGGCGGAAAUAGUAGAAGCGGAGGAGAACUCCACCGACAAUAUGCGCACGCUUCGAGUUCCUCCGGUUAUAACUAUCAAUAAAUCCGCUGCUUAUGCGUUGUACGAGCUAACAUACAUACGGGAUGUUGCUUAUAAGCCCCAAGAAUUUUAUGUUCAAACACGAAAAUGCGAGCCUGAUGCUGCUGCAGAUGUUGUUAAAAUGUGUGAGAGGCUGCGAGAUGAGAAUGGUCACAUUAUUGAGCAUACUCAGCCAACUUGCUGUCCUUGUGGAGACCAGCGCAGGGUCCCAUCAUCAUGUGGAAACUUUUUUGACAAGUUGAUGAAAGGGAAGGCAAAUACAGCACAUUGUCUACGUUUUACAGAUGAUUGGUUCCAUGUGUUUGGCAUUGGACAGCGGUCUGUUGGAUUUAGUAUACGCAUUGAGGUUAAGACAAAAUCGAAAAUAUCGGAAGUUAUUGUGGGUCCUGAGAAUAGGACUGCAAUAUCUGGUGAUAAAUUUUUGAGGGUGAACCUGGUUGGAGAUUAUGUUGGAUACACUGAUAUUCCCUCAUUCGAUGACUUCUACCUCAUUGUUCCAAGACAGGGUGGUCCGGGUCAACCUCAAAAUCUGGGGAGCAAUUUUUCCAUGUGGAUGCUCCUUGAACGAGUCAGGUUUACACUAGAUGGUCUUGAAUGCAACAAAAUUGGUGUCAGUUAUGAGGCUUUUAACACGCAACCAGACUUUUGUGCUGCACCAUUUUGGAGUUGCUUGCAUAAUCAACUGUGGAACUUUUGGGAUGCAGACCAGAACAGAAUUAGCCGGAAUCAGGUUCCUCUUUAUUGCGUGGAAAGAAGGUUUGAGAGGAUAAACCAACAUCCAAAUGCGGGAAGUCAUGCAUUUUCCAUAGGCAUCACAGAAGUUCUUAAUACAAACCUUUUGCUGGAACUGAGAGCUGAUGAUAUAGAAUAUGUGUAUCAAAGGAGCCCAGGCAAAAUUUUGGCCAUCACUGUGCCAACUUUUGAAGCUUUGACACAAUUUGGGACUGCAACAAUUACAACAAAAAAUAUUGGUGAAGUUGAAGCAUCCUACAGCCUUACCUUUGAUUGCUCAUCUGGUGUCAGCCUAAUGGAGGAACAAUUUUACAUAAUGAAGCCAAAUGAAGUAAUAACCCGAUCAUUUAAGUUGUAUCCAACAACUGAUCAAGCUGCAAGAUAUGCUUGUUCAGCCAUACUGAAAGACUCAGAUUUUAGUGAAGUUGACAGAGCAGAGUGCCAAUUUACAACUACGGCUACUGUUAUUGAAAAUGGAUCACAGAUUCCAUUUCAACCUCCAAAGACCAGUAUAAAUGGUUUCUUUGAAUCAAUUGAAGUGCUGUGGAACAAACUUUGGACUGGUUUCGCAGAUUUCGUCACUGGAAAAAGUUGCAGAAGGAAGUGCUCUGGGUUUUUCGACUUCAGCUGCCAUAUACAAUAUAUCUGCAUGAGUUGGAUAUUGAUGUUUGGUCUGUUUCUAGCAAUCUUUCCAACAGCUAUAGUUCUACUCUGGCUUUUACAUCAAAAAGGACUCUUUGACCCUUUAUAUGACUGGUGGGAGGAUCACGUAUGGACUUAUGACAACAGAAGUGGACACAUAAGGAAGCAUCACAGAGAUGCCGAAAUGUCACUGGUCGACUUGAAGAGACAUCAUAGGCAUGAAAAGAGGCAUCACAAGCAGCACACUGAUACUCAUAGGAGGCGAAGUAGUCACGGUGAGCACAGGCACAAGACGAAACUAGGGGAAAGUGAUUACCAUUAUUAUCUUCACCAUGUUCAUAAGGACAAGCACAAGCAUGGAAGACUCAACAAAUCGGGAGUGUCGGAACAAGUUCACUUGAGUAGAAUGGAGAAGACGAAAAGAAAGAAAACCUAUGGGUAG